AUGCCAGUGACACGAUUCCAUCCGUAUCAUUGCUUAAACAUCACUCUCGAAAGUGAAGACCAAGUUGCCUGUAGAACAACCAGCUUUGCUCAUGCCUUGACAUUCAGUGAAAAACCCCUGAAACCCGGGGAAGUGUUCUUGGUCGAGAUUGAGAAAAAUGAGAGAGGUUGGAGUGGUCAUUUAAGAAUAGGAUUGGCUCAGUUUAAUCCGAGCAACAAAUUUGACUUACCACAAUAUGCAUUACCUGAUUUAGCAAAUAUGGGUAGAUCUGGGAUUCCAGCAAUAACAAAAUCAUACAAUAGAACUUACACAGAAAAUGAUGAACAGGGCACAUCAGAACCAUAUCACUCUGUGUUAGGCGAUUCCGAAAUAAUUCAUACACCACAGGGAUCUUUCAACCGAAGCCUUCUGUUGCCCUUGAAUAGACUGAAUAACUGUAGUGGUAUUUGUUCACAUCAUUUUAAACGAGACCAGGAGCCCAUUCUUCCAACGGACAUUGGCAGUCGUAUAGGAAUCAUGUGUCAAAUUGUAGACAAUUUUGCUGAGAUGCACUUUAUCAUCAAUGGGGAGGAUCAGCCCAUUGAUGACUGCCAAGGCUGCUACCAUAAAUAUUUUGUUAUUCAUUUCUAG